AUGGAUUCAUUGAUCAGUGGAUUAAACCGCCACUCACUCAGUCAGGUGACGUGUCGCGCCUCAGCUGAGUUGACAGGGUGCGAGUCCAUACGACGGGAAGGUCAUACAGCUUACCAAACAGAGGAACAAAACCAUGGCGAUCAGACGAUGAAUACAAAAGUACGUGACGUCGCCAUCCUGGCAACAGCUAUUUGUUUGAUCUCGCUAUCCCUGAUACUGACCACAACCGUAGCCAAAGAAGUUGGGAAACUGGAACUUCUAAUGCAGAUUUUGCGUGCCCUUGGACUGCUCUGCCUGUUGAUAGCUCUCAUAACCACUCCCUUCCCGGUGCCUGGUUGCACUGAGAUUGAAAGGCAGCUCAGAAUCCGUGAGAUCUUUCUACUUCUCGGAUCCAGUCUAAUGUGUCUUGUACUUGCCAUUGGUGCUGUUUCGCAGCCCUCCCAUAUGCAGUUUUGGCUAUACACGGGAAUCCUCUUUACUAUAAUCUCCACAGUCUUCUCAGGAUCCAGUUCCACUGGUCGUGAGGAGACGCAACCAGAAGUUAAGGAAGAGGAGCAAUAG